UCGAUUGUGUCGAUAGACUAUCUAGUGAUAACAUGCCUCCACCCUUCAAUCACCCGAGUCUGGAACUUGAACUACUGGCUCAGACCUUCUUCGUUAAGCAGUUUCCAGUAGAUGCAGGCGUUCCAGCUGCAAUUACCAGCGGGCUGAAUGCUGCUCAACAAACUCAAGGGGUCUUCUCCAUCACCAGAACAGGAGAAGAAAUUUCCGUGGUUGGUGAAGCUGUCGACGACGAUGGCGAAUGGAGAUGCAUCAAGAUAGCAGGGCCCAUGAAUUUUGGGUUGACUGGCGUAAUCUGUAAUUUCACGACGCCGCUGAGAGAUGCUAAUGUUCCGGUGUUCGCAGUUUCGACAUGGAAUACCGAUUAUGUUCUGGUGCCCAAAGAAAAGGCCGAUGCUGCCGUUACAGCACUAACCGAAGAUGGCUGGAGGUUUCGAGAAAAUUCUCAAGUUCCACGAGACGCAUAGUCUAGGGACAUUAAGCUGAAGACGAUAGUUAACGCGAGAUUUGCAUAAAAACAUAAAGUGUGGAUUGUAAAAUUGAUGGCAUGAACUUC